UCUAUUCUAUUUUUUUUUUCUCUUAUGACAUUCUUUUUCAUUUUCUCUCAAUCUUUUUCAAAUCAUCUCAGGUUUGAUUCUCACCGUCUCUCUCAAGAGAGAAGCCCCCAAAUUUCUGCGCCAGUUGUUGUAAUUUUGCCGAAUCAUCUCACUCAUGUUUCAUCUCAGAGCUCUUCUAUAUCUCAACAAAGUGUCUUCAACCCCAAAAUGUUACCUUCUUCUUCUCAAACCCCACUCUUUCAACUUCUUCUCCUCCACCACCACCACCACCACCACCACCACUCAAAACUCUUUCACCAUAUCCUACCUCACUAACAAUUGUGGUUUAUCUCCACAAGACGCUCUCAAAGCAUCAAAACGCAUCCAUUUCAACACCCCCCAUAAACCCGAUUCCGUUCUCACCUUCUUCAAAACCCACGGUUUCUCCAUUCAGCACACACAAUCCAUUAUUCGCAGGAUUCCUCACCUCAUCCUUUCCAACCCCAUCAAAACCAUUCUCCCAAAGUUUCAAUUUUUAGCUUCCAAAGGCGCUUCUCCCACCGACAUAGUUGCCACCGUCACUAGAAGCCCUUUUUUCCUCUGUGCAAGUCUUCACAAACACAUCAUCCCUUCUUUUCAAUUGGUAAGAAGUUUCUGUCCCUCUGAUAAAAAAGCCAUUGAUUCGAUUAUCAUAUGUCCCACUUCCAUUAGCGAUCGUCUCAUGAAACCAAAUCUUCAAUUUUUAAUUGAUUCCGGUGUCACUCCUUCAAGCAUUUACGGUUUGUUUUGUUCUAGACCUUCUGUAAUUUGUUCUGCUGAUUUGAGGGAGGUUGUGGAGGAGAUAAAGGGAUUAGGGUUUCACCCUUCCAAUUACAAGUUUUGCUUGGCAUUACUAGCCAAAAGGGCUAUCACCAAAUCACAAUGGGAUGCCAAAAUUGAUGCAUUCAAGUGCUGGGGUUUCUCUGAAGAUGCAAUUUUUAAUGCAUUUAAAAGGAACCCUAAGAUUAUGCUUCGGUCUGCGGAUAAACUCAACGCGGUCAUGAGUUUUUGGAUCAAAGAGCUUGGUUGGGAUCCUUCCCUGCUCAUGGCCGCCCCGGAUCUUUUCGAAUUUAGUCUAGAGAAAAGGCUUAUUCCAAGAGCUUUAGUUGUCCGGUAUCUUCUAUCCAAAGGUUUGAUAAAGAAGGGUGCUAGCUUGCGUACACCGUUUCAUUUGUCUGAUGACUUGUUCAUGAAAAAGUAUGUCAAUUGCUAUGAGAAGGAAUCAUCUAGGCUAUUAAGGCUAUAUCAGGGGAAGAAUGCUAGCAUAUAGUGCUCGGAUAAGUUGUGAAUUCACUUCAGCUUCUUUGUUUUACCUUGUAACAUAAUUCAUCUUUCUAUCAAUACAAUUCAGUUUUCCUUUACAUAUUUUUGGUCCUAUCUAUCAGUAUGCUUAAACUUAACUGAGGACGUGACAUUAUGAUCUGGUUUGAUUCAUCUAGAAGAACUGAUUGUGGAUUGAA